UUCAAGUAAUUCUCAACUUAAUCAAUAAGACCUUGCACAAUCAUGGUAAAGCUAAAUAUGCCUCUUCAAGUCGCUACCAUUAACACAACUUCAAAACCCACCUUUUUCUUCUCUAUAUUGAUGUCCUUCCUUCUCAUAUUCUCCUAUGGAUCCAUCACAGCAGCUGAUAACAAAAUCACAAGCAUCGGUGCAAUCAUCGAUGUCAAUUCCCAUAGUGGCAAAGAGCAAAAAACCGCCAUACAAAUAGCAGUCCAGAACUUCAACAACAAGUCAAUGGAUCACAAGCUAUCUCUCCAUUUCUCGAAUUUCUCAAACCCCGGCAAAGACCCCCUCGAGGCAGUUUAUGCUGCUGAUGAAUUGAUUAAAGAGAAUCAAGUUCAAGUGAUUUUAGGCAUGGAGACAUGGAAUGAAGCAGCUUUAGUUGCAGAAAUUGGGAACAGAGCUGAAGUACCCACUAUUUCAUUUGCAGCUUCUGCUAGUCCACCACAUUUGUCACAGCAUCGAUGGCCUUUCUUGGUACAAAUGGCUACCAACAGCUCCGAAGAAGUGAGUUGCAUUGCAGCUAUUCUUCACUCCUACAACUGGAAAUUGGCGAUAGCAAUUUAUGAAGACGAUAUGUAUGGUGGUAAUUCUGAGAUGUUAGCUCUUUUUUCUGAGGCACUUCAAACCGUUGGUGUGGAGAUUGAGCAUCGUUUGGUUUUUCCAUCAUUCUCUUCUCUUUCUGAUCAAGAAGGGUUUGUCCAUGAAGAGGUUGCAAAGUUAUUGUCCAAACAAUCAAGGGUGUUUGUGGUUCUUCAAUCAUCUGUAUCAAUGGCUACCCAUUUGUUCAAAGAAGCAAAGCAGCUAGGACUAAUGGGGCCAGAUUCAGUGUGGAUAAUUACAGACUCUGUUUCAAGUCUCUUGGAGUAUGUUAACAAUUCUGUUAUCUCCUCUAUGCAAGGUGCAAUAGGAAUCAAGACCUAUUAUUCUGAAGAUAGCAAGUCUUACCUAGACUUUAAAGGCCAAUUUCGGAGAAGUUUCCUAUCAGAUUAUCCAGAGGAGGAUGAUUCCAUGCCGGGAAUUCAUGCUCUACGGGCAUAUGAUGGUAUUACUAGCAUUGGGCACGCUGCGAAGAGAAUUGGUAAUGGGACUAGUAUUUCAAAAAUGCUGCUUGACAAUAUUUUAUCCAGCAAUUUCACUGGUUUAAGUGGUGAUAUACGUUUUCAUGAUGGGAGGCUAUCGCAUACUAUUGGAGUAAGAAUCAUAAAUGUCAUUGGAAGAAAGUAUAAGGAUAUUGGCUUUUGGUCAUCCAAGUUUGGGUUCUCAGAGAGCCUUGCUAUUGAACCAAGUGGAGAGAUAAUUAGUAGUGGUACUGGUGGUGAUAGCAUGGAAGAUUUGGGCGAUGUAGUAAAUUCACUGAAUUGGCCUGGAAACCUAAAGCGCGUUCCGAAAGGAUGGGCAAUGCCUACUGAUGCAAAGAAAAUGAAGAUUGGAGUUCCAGGUAGGACCUCUUUUGAGAAAUUUGUAAAGGUGGAAGAGACUGGCAAUCCAAAUAGCCCCUUGUUUUACUCUGGUUUCUGCAUUCAUGUUUUUGAGGAGGUGUUAAAGAUUUUGGAGCAAAGUUAUUCCCUACCUUAUGAAUUUGUGCCCUAUAAUGGCAGCUACGAUGCUUUGGUUGAUCAUGUCAUCAACGAGAGUUAUGAUGCUGUCAUUGGCGAUGUAACAAUCCUAGCCAACCGAUCAAGAUACGUGGAAUUCACUCAACCAUUCGCUGAAUCAGGCUUGUAUAUGAUAGUUCCAGUGAAGUCCGAAGCUCAGAAGGCGUGGAUGUUCCUGAAACCAUUCACGGCAGAAAUGUGGAUGGUGACUGGUGCCAUUGUGAUCUACACAAUGGUCAUAGUUUGGUUCUUGGAGCAUCAAUCCAAUCCUGAGUUUAGAGGCCCAUGGAAAGACCAGCUUGGAAUGGCAAUGUGGUUCACAUUCUCCUCACUUUUCUUUGCUCACAGGGAGAAAAUUCACAGCAACCUCACUCGCGUGGUAGUCGUCGUGUGGCUUUUUGUUGUGGUAGUCAUAAACUCAAGCUAUACUGCCAGCCUCACUUCAAUGCUCACUGUCUCCCGACUUGAGCCAAAUGUGACGGAUAUCGAGUGGCUAAGGAGGACUAAUGCCCCUGUCGGCUGCGAUGGUGAUUCAUUUGUAAAGGAUUACUUGAAGAAUGUACUUCACUUCAAAUCAGAAAACAUAAAAAACGUUAGCAAGGAAUAUGACUACCCAGGCGAGUUCAAGAGCGGGAAUAUCACAGCGGCAUUUCUUGAAAUCCCUUAUGCCAAAGUUUUCCUCAAAGAAAACUGCAACAAAUACACAGUCAGUGGACCUACCUACAGAUUUGGAGGAUUGGGUUUUGUAUUUCAAAAGGGCUCUCCUAUAGCAGCUGAUGUGUCCGAAGCCAUUCUAAGCCUAUCAGAGAAUGGCAAGCUAAGGAUAUUAGAAGAGGAUUUGUUCACUUCAUCCUUAAAUUGUACAAACACUGAAACUAAUCAAACUGAUAGCUUGAGCCUUCAGAGUUUCUGGGGUCUGUACCUUAUCUCAGGUGGCACUUCCACCCUCUGUUUUCUAUAUUUCCUCUUCCGCUUGGUAAAGAAUUAUCGACGCCAUGAAGGCAACAUGAGUACACCAGCUCAUAAUGGUGUUUGGGGCAAGACAGUUGAACUCGCGCGAUACUUUCAUAAUGGAGGAACUAGGAGGCCUGCAGGGAGAGCUCCAACCCCGCGAUUAGAUGAAUGGAGUUCUUCAAGGUGGGAGUAUGUGAGUCCUUCAGAUGCUACAGAAGAUUGUGAGUCAUCCACACCACCUGAACAAAUUGAAAUUCCUAUAGCCACUGAUUCCAGUUCAACUUAGAACAAGAAUUAAAGACGUAGUUCUAUAGAAGGAUCAAUUGUUCAUAUGCCAAUAUGUACAUGUUUACUGUAGUACAUAUUUUUGCUUUUCUACCAUACGGUCACAAAAACAAGUUUUUAUAGUUCUAAUUUAGUUAUUGUUUUAUUGAAAUGAAAAAAAUAUAUAUGCUGUCUAGUUGAACACUGACUUCAUGAUGUAAGGAAUUUAACAAUGUAAAUGAAUAGAAAAUACUUUAUUCUUUUAGACUCAAAUGUAGAAGUGAAGCAAGCAUUGAAAA